GCAGCCUUCUACACUGCGGCUCCACUUACCUCUGCUGGGAUACUGCCAGUUAUGCAGUCCCUGUGUCCUGAUGGUCAAAGAGAUGAGUAUGGCUUCCUGCAAUACACCAACUCCACGGUCACACAACUCCUGGAAAGACUCACGGAGGUGGUUGAGAACAGCAACUUGUUUGAUACAGACCGGCCCGGCCUGGAAGAAGAGCUGGAAUCCCUAAAACAUCAUCUGGAAUCUCUGAGCAGUGAUCACAGUUCCCUGGAGAAUCACUUCCACCGCCAAUCAGGUUUUACGCUGGACUCGGUGCUAAAAAACAAGACCGGUUUUCGGGAAUUCCUUCAAUCUAAUCUCUCUCUGCCCAAUAACAUUGUUGACUUGUUGGCCGGGUCCAGCAUCAAUUUACAGGAGGUCUACCAUCUGCUCUUCAGCUCCUCCUACCUUUCUGGUGAUGACCUGCCAGCCAAGAGCCCUUGGGAUGCGGCCACCACAGCAGGGGGACAGAUCCUCAAUCUCCAGGGAAAUGUUUUAGGAAAAUUGAAAUCUUUCCCAGAAGGUCUGAUCCAUAAGGCUUUGCGAGAUCCCAGAAAGUCUGGACACAGACUGGCUCUACUCCGCCUCCUGACCCUGGCACUUGGCCUUGCGAUCCCCAAUACAUCUUCUGACAGCUACGAUCCUCAGGCUAUGGUCAAAGAGCUGGAGGAGAUCCUUUUCACUCCAGCAGCCCUGGAAUCUCUUACAUGUGAAGGGAGUUUGGAUGAGCUGAGUAAUAUCCUUGGAGUGUCGAAGGCAAAGAGGCCCUUACUAACCUCUUAUAGGAGCAUUAUAUGUGUUGAGAAUGAGCCAACGCGUAUGGAGCAUUUCAAGGAACUGGCUGGGGAGUUGAAGGAGCAAGUGGAUGUUCGUAAAACCGUCAGCCGACUUCGCCUGGAUGAGGUAAAUGCCACUGAAACCCAGCACAGGCUGCGCUCUCUCCUGGAAGAUCUGCUUCAAGUAGAGAAGAUCUUGAAGGAUGUGGAUAUCCUCUCAGCACUGGCCAAGUUGUUACCGAAGGGGGCAUGCGCUACCAAGAGUGCCCCAACACCUAUCAAUUCUACCAGCUGGAAUUUCAACUCCACUGGCAGUUCCAACUCUACAGGAGAGGGUGAGGAUGGCAGGACCCAGGAGCACGAACCAGAUGAAGAAAACCCACGUAGCCAAUUCUCAGCCUUUGUCCAGCUAUGGGCUGGCCUGCAGCCCAUCCUCUGUGGCAUCAACCGAACUAUUGAGCCAGAAGCCCUAAAACAGGGAAACAUGAGCUCUUUGGGGUUCACCAGCAAAGAACAGAGAAACUUGGGACUACUCGUGCACCUGAUGACCAGCAAUCCCAAGAUUCUUUACUCUCCAGUGGGGACAGAAGUUGACAAAGUUAUUCGGAAGGCAAAUGAGACGUUUGCAUUUGUGGGCAAUGUGACUCAGUAUGCCAGGAUGUGGAUGAACAUUUCAGCAGAGAUCCGCAGCCUUCUGGAGGACGGUGUGCUGCAACAGCGCAUUCAGUGGUUGCAACAGUUUACCAGCGAUCUGCAGAAACACCCCGAGCUCCUAAAUGGCUCUGACAGCGAGCUUCUCCGCCGCAUUCUCAGCUCCAACUUCACUGCUCUCAACACCAGCACCUUGCUGCAGCAGCUGGACACCAUCGACAACGCGGCAUGUGGAUGGACACACGUUUCAUGUCCAAGGUGAGUGUGGACAUCUUUAAAGGUUUCCCCAAUGAGGACAGCAUAGUGAACUACACCCUGAACCAAGCGUACCAAGACAAUGUCACUGUGUUUGCAAGCGUGGUAUUCCAAACUAAACUGGAUGGCUCUCUCCCUCCUCAUGUCAUGUACAAGAUCCGUCAAAACUCCAGCUUUACGGAAAAGACGAACGAAAUUCGUCGGGCCUACUGGAGGCCAGGGCCCAAUACUGGGGGGAGAUUCUACUUCCUGUAUGGUUUUGUCUGGAUCCAAGAUAUGAUGGAGAGGGCGAUAAUCAAUACCAUUGUGGGUCGCGAUGUGGUAGAACCUGGGAAUUAUGUCCAGAUGUUUCCUUAUCCAUGUUACACACGUGAUGACUUCCUGUUUGUGAUUGAACACAUGAUGCCGCUGUGUAUGGUCAUCUCUUGGGUGUACUCGGUGGCGAUGAUGAUCCAGCACAUUGUGGCAGAGAAGGAACAUCGCCUGAAGGAAGUGAUGAAGAUGAUGGGGCUGAAUAAUGCCGUUCACUGGGUGGCAUGGUUCAUUACAGGCUUUGUCCAGCUCUCUAUAUCCGUAACAGCUCUGACUGGCAUCUUGAAGUAUGGCCAAGUUCUCAAACACAGCAAUGUCUUUAUCAUCUGGCUCUUCCUCUCCAUCUACGCUGUUGCUACCAUCAUGUUUUGUUUCCUGGUAUCUGUUUUGUACUCCAAAGCAAAGCUGGCAUCUGCCUGUGGUGGAAUCAUCUACUUCCUCAGCUACGUCCCCUAUAUGUAUGUGGCCAUCAGAGAGGAAGUGGCCCAUGAUAAGAUUACAGCCUUUGAAAAGUGCAUUGCUUCUCUCAUGUCUACAACAGCCUUUGGUCUCGGCUCAAAGUACUUUGCGCUCUAUGAGGUGGCUGGAGUUGGCAUACAGUGGAAAACCCUCAGUCAGUCCCCGGUGGAAGGAGAUGACUUCAACCUUAUGUUGUCUAUGAUGAUGCUUAUUAUAGAUGCAGUGGUGUAUGGAGUUCUGACCUGGUAUAUUGAAGCUGUUCAUCCAGGGAUGUAUGGGCUUCCCCGACCCUGGUACUUCCCAUUCCAGAGGUCUUACUGGCUUGGGAGUGGGCGAAUAGAAACCUGGGAGUGGUCAUGCCCUUGGUCCCGGCCUACUCGUCUUAGCAUCAUGGAAGAAGACCAAGCCUGUGCUAUGGAGAGUCGCCGUCAUGAGGAGACCCGGGGCAUUGAAGAAGAGCCCAGUCAUUUGCCUUUGGUUGUAUGUAUUGACAAGCUUACUAAAAUAUACAAGACUGGAAAAAAACUGGCACUAAAUAAACUGAGCUUGAAUCUGCACGAGAACCAAGUAGUAUCUUUCUUAGGCCAUAACGGAGCAGGAAAAACUACCACCAUGUCUAUCCUAACUGGCCUCUUUCCCCCAACCUCGGGAUCAGCCACCAUUUAUGGACAUGACAUUCGUACAGAGAUGAAUGAGAUCAGGAAGAGUUUAGGAAUGUGUCCGCAGCACAAUGUGCUGUUUGACAAGUUGACAGUUGAAGAACACCUAUGGUUCUACUCCAGGCUGAAAGGGAUGGCAGAGGAGGCAAUACGCAAGGAGAUGGACAAGAUGAUUGAGGACUUAGAAUUAUCCAACAAACGUCACUCCUUAGUUCAGACACUUUCCGGAGGAAUGAAGAGAAAACUGUCUGUUGCCAUUGCUUUCGUUGGAGGAUCAAAAGCUGUCAUUUUGGAUGAGCCAACUGCUGGUGUUGAUCCAUAUGCGAGAAGGGCAAUCUGGGAUCUUAUUCUGAAAUAUAAACAAGGCCACACAAUUCUUCUUUCAACACAUCACAUGGAUGAGGCUGACUUGCUAGGUGACCGUAUCGCCAUUAUUUCCCAUGGAAAGCUAAAAUGCUGUGGAUCACCACUGUUUCUAAAAAGCACCUAUGGAGAUGGCUACAAAUUGACUGUAGUCAAAAAGCAAAGCAGCCCAGAUAUCAGCCAUACACCCGCUUCAUUUAUCGGCCCCUGCUUGGAAUCCAGAGUGACUCAGUUCAUUAAGAAGUAUGUGGCUUCCUGCUUGCUGGUCUCCGACACAAAUACGGAGUUGUCUUACAUCCUCCCCAGUGAAUCUGUUAGAAAAGGCUGCUUUGAACGCCUGUUCCAGCACCUGGAGCAAAGUCUUGAUGAGUUAGACCUGACCAGUUUUGGGCUGAUGGAUACAACUUUAGAAGAAGUGUUCCUCAAAGUGUCUGAAGAGGACCAGUCUCUAGAGAACAGUGAUGCAGAUAUGAAAGAAUCCAAGAAGGAUACAUUGAGACCAGUCCUCCAGCCAGACGGCAGCACCGAACCUUCACCAUUGGCUAAUGUUCUUGAAAAGCCAGAAGUGGAACUCAAUAACUUUGCAGCUGGAAAUUUCCCUAGCCAGUCACCUGGCUCUUUGCGCUCUGGCUCCUCCUCUUCUGUGGGUUCUGUGCGUGGCGAUGAAUGUGGGGCCUAUUCUGAGUUCUAUGGUGACUACUCACCUUUGUUUGAUAACUUGCAGGAUGCAGAAAGCCUCAGUCUGCAUGAUCCUGAGGAAGUGGAGCAAAUUUCAAAUGGACAAGGAAGCUACAAGCUGGAAGGUUCCUGGCUAAAAUUACGCCAGUUUCAUGGGCUGAUUGUGAAACGUUUCCACUGCGCCAAGAGGAACACCAAAGCUUUAUUCUCUCAAAUCCUUCUCCCAGCAUUCUUUGUGUGUGUUGCAAUGACUGUGGCUCUUUCUGUUCCUGAGAUUGGUGACCUGCCCCCUCUGGUCCUCUCCCCAUCUCAGUAUCACAACUAUACUCAGCCCAAGGGAAAUUUUGUACCAUAUGCCAAUGAGGAGCAGCCAGAAUACAGACUGAAGCUGUCCCCAGAUGCCAGUCCACAGAUGCUAGUAAACACCUUCUACCUGCCCUCCGGUAUUGGCGCCACCUGUGUGCUGAAGACCGCCUUUAACAGCACCCUAGACCAGCUUGUGCAAUCACUCAAUAUGAACAGCAAUGAGUCCAAAAUGUUGGCUGCACAGUACUUUGAUGCUAUGUGUGUGGACUCCUUUACGCAAGGACUGCCACUUUCUAAUUUUGUGCCACCACCUCCCUCACCUGCCCCAUCUGAUUACCCAAUGGAUGAGGACCCAGCCCACCUGUGGAAUGCCACCACCUACUCACCACCCUCUGUGCCAGUGGAAGCCAUCACCACCACCCCUUCUCUUCCUCGUCGCAUCCAUGAACCAGUCCGCUGCACAUGUUCCAUGCAAGGGACAGGCUUCUCCUGCCCCAGUGGGGUGGGAGGUCACCCUCCUCAAAUGAAGGUGGUGACCGGAGACAUCAUGGUGGAUAUCACUGGACGGAAUGUGAGUGAAUAUCUGCUAUACACAUCCGACCGCUUCAGGCUACACAGGUAUGGGGCACUAACAUUUGGAAAUGUGCAAAAAGCCAUCCCAGCAUCCUUUGAGGCGAAGGCUCCACCCAUGUUGCGGAAGAUUGCAAUAAAACAUACAGCACAGGCAUUUUAUAACAACAAAGGGUAUCACAGUAUGCCCACAUACCUGAACGCACUGAAUAAUGCCAUCUUGAGAGCAAAUUUACCUGCUUCCCGUGGAAAUCCAGCUGCCUAUGGCAUAACAGUCACAAACCACCCAAUGAACAAGACCAGUGCCAGCCUGUCUCUGGACUACCUGCUGCAAGGUACUGAUGUGGUGAUUGCCAUAUUCAUAAUUGUUGCAAUGUCCUUUGUUCCGGCAAGUUUUGUGGUGUUCCUUGUAGCUGAGAAAUCCACCAAGGCCAAGCACCUCCAGUUUGUCAGUGGCUGCAAUCCCGUUAUUUACUGGUUGGCCAACUACGUCUGGGACAUGCUGAAUUACCUGGUUCCAGCGACUUGCUGCAUCAUUAUUCUCUUUGUGUUUGACCUGCCUGCAUACACAUCUCCAACUAACUUCCCAGCUGUCCUCUCUCUUUUCCUUCUGUAUGGUUGGUCAAUCACCCCUAUCAUGUACCCGGCCUCCUUCUGGUUUGAGGUGCCCAGCACAGCCUACGUUUUCCUCAUAGUCAUCAAUCUUUUCAUUGGUAUCACCGCUACAGUGGCCACCUUCCUGCUUCAGCUAUUCGAACAUGACAAGGACUUAAAAACUUGUGAACAGCUAUCUCAAGAGCUGUUUCCUUAUCUUUCCCAAUUACAACCUUGGACAUGGGUUGAUGGAAAUGGCCUACAAUGAAUAUAUCAAUGAGUACUAUGCAAAAAUAGGUCAGUUUGGUAAGAUGAAAUCUCCAUUCGAAUGGGACAUAGUCACCCGAGGCCUCGUGGCCAUGACCAUAGAAGGAUUUGUAGGUUUCUUCAUCACCAUCAUGUGCCAGUACAACUUUUUCCGCAAACCACAGCGUGUUCCCAUCUCCAACAAACCAAUUGAAGAUGAUGAUGUAGAUGUUGCGAAUGAGAGACAUAGAGUUUUGAGAGGAGGUGCUGAUAAUGACAUGUUGAAGAUAGAGAAUUUAACAAAGGUUUACAAGUCUCGGAAGAUGGGCCGCAUCCUUGCAGUAGACCGCUUGUGUAUUGGUGUUCAACCAGGAGAAUGUUUUGGGCUUCUUGGUGUAAAUGGAGCUGGAAAGACCACCACAUUCAAAAUGCUUACAGGAGAUGAGAGCACCACUGGAGGAGAAGCUUUUAUCAACAAACACAGCAUCUUGAAAGAGCUCCUUCAGGUUCAGCAAAGUAUUGGUUACUGUCCCCAGUUUGAUGCAUUGUUUGAUGAACUCACGGCCCAGGAACACCUCGAGCUAUACACCCGUCUUAGGGGGAUUCCUUGGAAAGAUGAAGAAAGAGUGGUGAAGUGGGCACUGGAGAAGCUGGAACUGACUCAAUAUGCUGACAAGCCAGCGGGAACAUACAGUGGAGGGAAUAAGAGGAAACUGUCUACUGCCAUCGCCCUCAUUGGCUACCCAUCAUUCAUAUUUUUGGAUGAACCCACAACAGGAAUGGAUCCCAAGGCUCGACGAUUCCUUUGGAACCUUAUCCUGGACAUCAUCAAGACUGGGCGCUCCCUGGUGCUAACAUCACACAGCAUGGAAGAAUGUGAAGCUCUGUGCACUCGGCUGGCUAUAAUGGUCAAUGGACGCCUCAAAUGUCUCGGCAGCAUCCAGCACCUGAAAAACCGGUUUGGUGACGGUUACAUGAUCACUGUAAGGACAAAAUCUAGUGUGAACGUCAAGGAAGUUGUACGGUUUUUCAACAGGAACUUUCCGGAAGCUGUACUCAAAGAAAGGCACCAUACAAAAGUGCAGUACCAGCUGAAGUCCGAACAGGUAUCCUUGGCCACACAGGUCUUCAGCAAAAUGGAGCAGGUGGUGGACAUCCUGGGAAUAGAGGAUUACUCAGUCAGCCAGACCACCCUUGACAAUGUGUUUGUGAACUUUGCAAAGAAGCAGAGCGACAACCUAGAGCAACAGGAGGCCAAUCCCGCUUGUGCUGUCCCCUCCCCUAUGGAACGAGUGCUGAGUCUCCUGCGACCCCGGACCACACCCACAGAGCUGCGGGCCCUCGUGGUGGAGGAGCCUGAAGAUCUAGAGACAGAUGAUGAGGGACUCAUCAGCUUUGAGGAGGAAAGGG